AUGCGACACGAUUCUGCUGUGCAGCCUAUGACUGAGUCACAGCCUAUGACUGGAGUGCGAAUUCGCAAAUUCGCACUCAUUCCUCAUUGCGAUGGCAGACUCCCCCAGAUGCGACCGCUGCAACUGAGAAGAGACUUUGAGCAUAUCUUUGCCGUUGCACCAGCUUCAACGUCAGUCUCUUCAGAGCAGGUUGAAUGAACUGUAUGGUCUAACCUGUGCUUGCUUGUUUGGGGCAGUUGCAGUCCAUAAGAAGUUUUGUGCUCGAUUUUUCAUAAGUGGUAGCAAGCUUACAAGGUAAAUCGAAGUUUUCAAGAGUCUUGCUGGUGUGGCUUCUCAAACACUUGCUUUGGUUAACCAGCAUAUUAACGGAACUUCAUGGAACUGUCCACUAGUGGGGAAAUGCCGCCAAGUUUCUGUUUUCUUAAAAAGGCGGGAUGCGUAGCCGGUCGAGUGGCGCCCAAUGAAAGACCCUCCCCCGGGGGCCUGCUGUGCGUCGUCGGCGGUGGAUGGCCAGCCGGGCGGUAGCCACCAGGGGGCCUUGACCGGGGCGGCGGCGCCCUCUGGCGGCGGCGGCUUCGAUGACGACUACAACGAGUGGGAGUUGGGCAUCGGGGAUCUCAUUAUCGACCUGGACGCCGACAUAGAGAAGAGCAACGACCCCAUGGCCUCCUCCUCGGCCGCGGCCUCCCCGCCCGUCGAGCACCAGGCAACCGUGGACAAGGGUCUUAAGAUGAAGAUCAAGCGAAAGAACCUGGCCAAGCACGAAAUAGUAAAGGCGCAAGACACUGGUGCAUCCCCACCACCUUUGGCACCACUGCCAAGCACUAAGCACUCAUCAUCAUCUGUGUCGUCCUCGUCGUCGUCAUCAUCAUCAUCCAAGAGCAGCGGCCGCAGUGGAUCUCACAAGAAGAAGCGCAUCGAGAACGGGGCCUCUCCCCCACGCCUCCAGUGUUCUCUGGGAGCUCCACUUCCUCCUCCCCCUCCCCCCUCUCUGUCCCCUCCUCCCGCCCCCACUGUUCCUCCAUCAUCCCAGGCACCCCCCACCACCUCUGCUGUCCCCCCCGCCCCCGUGGAGCAGAUGGCUGCCAACGGUGUGCCAUCAUCACCCCCAGAAGAAAGCAGCAGCGUACCUGCUGCCUUGGCGGCCCUCCCGACACCGGAGGAAGCUGCCGCCGCUGCUGACGCAACUAAGCGAGCGACAAAGGUGGAGUGCCCAGGCAGUCCUGCAAAGGUUGUGGCGGCAAGUACCAGUGUAGAGCGGAAGGACAGUGGCGUGCUGUGCACGUCAGUGGGAACCAUCACCGAGCCCGAUUGUCUAGGGCCCUGUGAGCCCGGAACCAGUGUCACUCUUGAAGGCAUUGUCUGGCAGGAGACGGAAGGCGGUGUGCUGGUGGUGAACGUGACAUGGCGAGGCAAGACAUACGUGGGCACCCUGCUGGACUGCACAAGGCACGACUGGGCCCCUCCACGGUUUUGUGAGUCUCCCACUAGCGACUUGGAUGCUAAGGGUGGCCUCCCCAAGGGGGGACGUCCAAAGAGGGCUCGGGGUGAUGCCGAAGCGUCGGCCCGCGCAGCUCCUGUCCAGGGAAAGCUUCGCAACGGGAAAGGGCGCCGAUUUGCAGUCCCCUGCAGUCCAGCCAAGAAUGAGGGUCGCCGCCGGAGCAAGCCACCAGAGCUGGAGCUUAGUCCUCCCGACAAGAAGAGGGCCCGGGCGCGUAGUACACCCACUCCUGAGGCUCCCUGCUCCCCGGCCCUCAUCCUGUGCCCGGAGCCCAACUGCGGCAAGAAGUACAAACACAUCAACGGCCUGCGCUACCACCAGAGUCAUGCGCAUGGUUGUGGGGAUGCAAAGGGGGGUGAGGAGGAGACUUCUGAUGGUGGAGAGGAAGGCAGCCGGCCCCCCAGUCCCGAUUUGGCACCUCCGGCUGAGGAGGCCCCUCCGACGCCUGCACCGGUGCAGGUGCCACCACCAGCACCAGCACCAGUGGCAGCAGCAGCAUUGUCAACAACACCAGUGUCAGCGACACCCUCCCCCGCACCCCCCAUGCCCCCCACUUCCCCUGUGUCUGUCACUGUCAGCAUCCCCACAUCGCAAGUGUUUUCAUUUGUGCCAGCGAGUGCACCACGAGCUUCCACUCCCCCGCACCCAUCUGUUGUGUGUGGUCCUGCAACCCCGUGUUCUCCCGAGUCACCCCAUGCAAAUGUUGCACCCUCGAGUCCAGCAAAGGUGCUCACAGCAACUGUGGAGACUCCUCCUCUGCAGUCUGACCCCAACCGACCCCACAAGAGACCUCACAAAAAAAGCAAGAGCCGCAAGCCGGAAGGCAAUGGCUCAGUGGUUAUGCAGGAUGAGGUAGGGCCUGAAGGUGCACCGCCUUCCCUCACGGAGUCUGGACCCCCACAAGAGCAGGCCCCACCUCACCUGGAGGAGAGUGUUCAAAGUCCAGCAUAUUCGGACAUAUCCGAUGAUGCUGCUCCUCUAUUAGAAGCAGCAAAGGAUAAAGAGCCUCCCCGCACAUCCUCCGAACUGUAUGGUGUGUACCCUUACUUUGGGCAGCCCCCAUACCUUCUUCCUGGGGUGCAGGCACCUGAGGGAAAGCCUGUGUCCAUAGCUGGACCAGGAUCUUCAGUUGAAGAAGACUCAAAGAAGGAUGUCAGCAGUCGGGACAAAGCAACCAAGGAAGCUGGCACUUCCCGUCCCCAGGAAGGGAAGAAGCCAGACACAGACUAUCCUCAGUUUCCCCCUUAUUCCCUGUGUGCUGCUAGCCCCUUUGUGCAAGGGGCUCCAGGAUUUUCUUAUGACCCAUACCGUGUACAUUUAGUGGAUCCACCCUUCAAGGAAGACAAGGGUGCUGCUGCUUCCCUCAAAGAACCCACUGUAGAUAAGGCCCCGCCACCCGAGAAGGCUCCCCCUCCUCCAAGACCAUCAAUGACACCUCGCCGGCCAUCUCCUGAGCCACCGCCUGCGUUGACCAAGGACCUUGAAUGCAAGGAGGAACCCAAGGCGGAGACCAAGUUUGGUCCCUAUGAUUCGCUGUAUGAGCGGCGGUUAUUUUAUCUUCCCCCUGAGCAGGCAGCGCCCCCUCCUGCCCCUCCUGCAGAAAUUGUGCCCAAGGAAGUUGUGCAUCCUCCUAAGAGCGUGACACACAAACCACCACGCACGCCCAAGGAACAUAAGGAGAAGGAAACGGGUGGCCAGAAGCCCACCAUGGAGACAACGGGCCCGCCACCACCUGCCAACUAUGCCUAUCUGCACCCAGGCUACCUACCAUCGCACUUCACGCCACACAUGGCCUUUGAGCCGGUGUACCGGAGCCUGUCUACACCGUAUGGAGCGUCUCCCUACCUGCGCUUCCAUGUCCCUCCCCCCGAGGUACCCCCACAGGCGCCGGGACCACCCGUAGCACCGCCACAGGGACCGCCAAAGGCACUAGACCUGCUGCACCAAGUGUCCCAGCACUAUGGCAACCACAAGAUACAUGAGCUCCAGGAGCGUGCAGCAGCUUCGCCAUCUCCACAUGUGGCUGGGGAGCGCCCUCCAAAAGGGGGCCCUCCCGAGAAGGGUCCUCCGUCGCGGGGGGUUGGAAGUGAGGGGUCAUCCUCUGUGGGGCCUCCCCCUGUGGUGAUGGGGGGUGCUGCCGACCUGGCCAAAGGUGUGCUUGGGCCAGGAUCUGCAGCCAUGGGUCCACAAGGCCCUGGUGGCCUUCCCCCGGGAGUGGCAGUGCCUCCUGGUGGUGUGACGGGGUCGCCCAGCACUGCCACUGAUGGGUCGUCCCGAUCACCUCCACCCCAGAGGCACCUUCACACACACCACCACACCCACGUGGGAGUGGGGUACCCCAUUUACGACCCAUAUGGAGCCAUGAUAGCAAGCCAGCAGGCAGCUGCGUGCGCCGUGGCAGCCUCAUCAAACCUGCACCCAUUUGUGCCCAAGUGAGGCUUCCCCACAGUACCUGGCGGGGAGGUGCGACGACCACCCCGAUGUGUAAAUAACCGCCGCUGUGUGUGCGGGGCCCGAACUGGACCGUCUGACGUGCAACAAGAAGGCCCCCUCCCUGCUGUGACCCUGCCCAGCCCCCUCACAAGCUUGCCUGCCCCGCGUGUGCGUGAUGUGUAUGUGCGUGUGUGUGCGAUUGCUGCUACUGCCACUCGUGUGGUUGUGGUGUGAACCCAGCUCCCACCCUGUGUACAUAGUGUGACAUGACUGACCCCACCCCCAUUUCUGUGGUCCCCAGCAGUGGUUUUAGACGCGUGCUCUCUAUCAUCACCCCCUCUGACACUGCCACGACAGCGCCGUCUUCUGUGAGGACGGCAUCACCUCCCCCCUCAUCCUGCUGCUGAUGCUGCUUCUCAGAUCAUCUCGGUCACUUCGCUGGAGCCUCCAAUCUGACAGUGCGAACGAGAUGUUCACUGUGCCCCCCCUCAUUUAACAACCCUCUCAAUGUUGAUGUGCACAUAGAAGGUGUGGUGUGCUCGCACGCUGAGCAAGUUUCUCCAACGAUGAAGAAAAAGAAAGGAGUGUGCGCUGAUGUUGAGUGUUUUAUAAGGGAGGCGGGGCCCUCCUUUUGACACCUUGAACCCUCCUUUUCUUGUUUUGCUUUCAUUUUCUCUCACAUUCAUGGGCCUCCCCCCCCUCCUUUCCUUGCCCUGUUCAAUUCUCCCGGUUUGGGAGGCUGUACAAAGUGUUAAAUAUUUCGUGCUACUAUUUCAUUGUAAGCUAUAGUUUCAUAUUAUCCACACCCCCUCUCUUAUUUUCCUCCCCCACUUACUGCCUUGUCCAUCCUGCUGUGCCUGGCUUGCAGCAGUUGUCCCUUCCUGCCCACAUCCCCACCACUUCCGAUAUUUUGUUGGUGUCCUAGUGACUGUAUUUUUACGAAAGGCAAAUACAGUUGUGCCUUUGAGCACCUCUAGUCCUCUCUUGCAGCUCUGCUGAUUGCACUAGGUAAGGAGGAACUAACUGCUAGGCACUGUCAACACACGAGAGAGACACCUUGGGGAAUUGAAAAGCUCCUGUACAAAGAAGCGUCAGAUUCAAGUCAUGUAUGUGCAGUGUGUACCCCAGGUGUCAAAACGUUUGGAAUUACAUGUUCAUUUUUCAAACGUU